AUGCCGUACGAUUUGCCGCAAUCCCGACCCUUUUAUCCUCCAGUUUCGUACGCACAUGAAAGGGCGUUCAGUGGUCCGUUCAGGAGGUCGGCAGAGGGAUUCCAUGACCUCCAGAACAAACCGUUUUUGGACGAGUGUCGCUCUCCCGGUUCUUAUCAGGUUUACCAGGAACCUCAUUUUGAAGCCUUUCCCCAGGCACCAUCUGAGCAGGCGUGGAGUGGAGAGAGCCCAUGUGAAUUGAGAAAGCCUUUAGCUCAGGGCAAUAAGCUUCGCGGAGAUGCGCCCGAGUUUGUCCCACGUGGAAAAUGCGCUGUCAACGAGGAAUCCAGGCCGAAAGUGAAAAAACCUUGCUGGCUUGUGGUUUCUGGUUAG